AUGGAGGCCUACCUCGUGCCGCGGACGCCGGUGGAGGCCGUGCGCGCGGACGAGCUGCCGAAGCGGGUCGUCUUCCACGACGGCCGCCUGGUGCAGCGCCCGACCCCGCUCGUGGCCCUGCUCACCGUGCUGUGGUUCCCCGUCGGCCUCCUGCUCUCGCUCGUCCGCGUCGCCGCGGGGGUGCUCGUCCCGAUGCGGUGGCUCCACGUCGCGUUCCACGCGCUGGGCGUGCGCGUCGUCGUGCGGGGGGCGCCACCGCCGCCGCCGGCGGGCGAUGGGGCACACACGGGGGUGCUCUUCGCCUGCUGCCACCGCACACUCCUGGACGCCAUCUUCCUCUCCGUGGCGCUGGGCUGGCCCGUGGCCGCUGUCACCUACUCGCUGUCCCGCCUCUCGGAGUUCCUGUCCCCGAUCCGCACGGUGCGGCUCACCCGCGACCGUGCCGCCGACGCGGCCACCAUCAGGCGCGUGCUCGCCGAGGAGGGGGACCUCGCCAUCUGCCCCGAGGGGACCACGUGCCGGGAGCCGUUCCUGCUGCGGUUCUCGGCGCUCUUCGCCGAGCUCACCGACGACGUCGUGCCGGUGGCGGUGGAGUGCCGGAUGAGCAUGUUCCACGGCACCACGGCGACGGGGUGGAAGGGGAUGGACCCCUUCUACUUGUUCAUGAACCCGAGCCCCGUGUACACGGUCACGUUCCUCGACAGGCUGCCGCCCGAGCUCACCUGCGGCGGCGGGGGCAAGUCCAGCCACUGGGUAGCCAACUACGUGCAGAAGCUUAUAGCCUCCACGCUGUCGUACGAGUGCACCGGCCUCACCAGGAAGGACAAGUACAGGGAGCUAGCCGACAACGACGGCGUAGUCCCUGUAAACACCGACGAUGGUAGGAAGAAGCGCAUGGCUCGGUAA